AACUCGUUCUAUCUCUUUAACCUAGCUUUGGAUUUUAUUUUAUUUUAUUUUUUUAAUUUGCACCAGUGGCUAGUCUUUAAUUUCUUGCUUCCUCAUCAUCAUAUUUAUUAACUUUCACAAUCCUUCUUAGAAAAUAAUUAUAUAAUAAAAAAAAUCCCUACCCCACUUUUGGUGGUGUUUUCCAAUUUCUUUUUCCAUAACCUUGAAAAAUGCCACUGAUGAUGAUGCUGAUGCAUGCAUACAUAUGUCCAUGUCCUUUCUUCUUCUUCACAUAGUUUUCUUACUUUUCAAAUCAUCUUUUCUUCAGUUCUCAUUUUUCCCUCAUUAAUUCUGUUUUUCUUUUUUUUAAGUAGCAGGUUUCAGGAAUUAACAGUCUUCUUGCCCAGGUCUUCCAAGAAAAACUCAAAGGGUUCAAACUUCAAAAUUAUUAAUUUCUUCCAUUUGUAAGCAUUUCAUGUUCACAUUUAGUUCUGAAGAAAAAAGUUUAAAAUGGGCAUCAGUGAUCAUCAUCACCAUCACAUAUAUUAUUAUUGCAGCAGCAUCAUUAGUCAAGGAAAGUUCUUGUUACUUGUACUAAACCUGACAAGAAGAUAAUAAUCACAAUAUAAAUCCCUUCUAAUUCUGGAUUACAUAUACUUUUUGUUCAAUGGCGGAUUAUGUCUUCUUUCUAAGUGAAGGAGACCGAGCUAACAUCAUUCAGCAGAUGAUGCAGUCUUUUGGUUGCACUUACAUCUGCCUGUGGUCAUACCAUCCAUCCAAUUGUUUAAAGUACAUAGAUGGAUUCUACCAUGAAAGAAAUAAUAACCCACAAAGCGCUUCAUCAUCUGCAACUCAUUCUCAGGGGCUUUUCGAUCUGUAUGGCCUCUCCACCAUCAUGGUUGAUAGCAGGUAACUUAAGAAAAUAAGUUUGUGCAAAAAAUUAAUCCUAUAUAUUAAGAACAUAAUAAGUAUAUAUAGGUAUGCGAAAAAUCAUCACAUUAUGCAUUUUUGAGGAGGAAAACAAUGUUACAUUGAAUUUUAUAACUUUCAGCUUCGUCCCUGGUCUAGCUUUUCUCAGCAAGAAUUCAUAUUUGGUGCUACCAUCCACUGUACUUCAGAGAAUGGCUUCCUUAGAAAUACAGUGCCUGUUCUAUCAGGAAGCUAGGAUCAAGAAUGCAAUAUUCGUGGGGUGCAGUUCAGGAGAAAUCGAGCUUGGAUUUGGUGACGACUCUUCCCAGCUGGUCAACUUGGAGAUGGAGAUGAGGACAUGGUUUUCUCAGUUUUCUGAAGAUUUCAGUCGCAGACAAUAUUUCGCUCCAACGGCCGCCGGAGAUCUUCUUCCAGUACUACAGCAGCAGCAGCCACCAAAUACUACUACUGAUCAGAAUAAUAACAAUAACAACAAUAGGCCAGCUUCAUCUUCAUCAUCAUUAAGAUCAUUAUCAUAUGAUGACAGCUCUGAAUAUUCUCCAAUCCUGUUAGACAUUCCAAGUGCUUCUUACCUUAAUGUCCCAGAAAACCAGCAACAAGGGGUGAUGAUUCCAACAAUGGCUGCAACAAAUCAACAACAACAACAACAAUCAAUAUUCCAGAGUUUAAGCCAAAUCAGGAGUGCCCAAUUGCCCACAAUUGAGAGUGAAGAUGAUGCAAUGACAAGAGCCAUUUUAGCUGUCAUUUCUUCAGCUGAUCAUCAUCAUCAUCACCCUGCUUCUUCCAGUACAACAACUUCUUCUGGUCAACUUCAACAGCCAAGUAUAAGUCGCCAGGUUCCGGUGGGUGGAUCUCAGGCUAGUGCAUUCAGAGGGUAUUAUAGACCAACACCACCAGCUUUAGCCCCCAGGAAUAAUAAUAAUAUUAUUCCGGCCGGAAACAGAAGGCAAAAUAUGCUAAAAAGAUGUUUUGCAUUUCUCAGUGACUUAUACUCAUCAAGUAUGAGAACUCAAGGUGGUCAAACGGGUCGAACCUCAAGUACUCAGCUUCACCAUAUGAUAUCCGAGAGAAGAAGGCGCGAAAAACAAAACGAGAGCUUCCAGAGAUUGAGAUCCCUCCUCCCUCCCGGAACUAAGAAGGAUAAAGCAUCAGUGCUGACAAGUACAACUGAGCACUUAAAAGCGUUGAAAGCUAAAGUUGAUGAACUUAGUAGGAUAAACCAAAUAUUAGAGGCGCAAUUACUUUUCCCAGAAAGAAAAUCAGAGGUUUCUGUUCAUCCAGAAAAUAGUGUUGAUCAGAGGGUUGAAGUUCAUCUGUUAACGAAUAAUGUUGUUGCUGCAUCGGCAUCCACGUCGACGGCGAGAUUUGUGGACUUACAAGUGAUUGUAAGGGGAUAUGUUAGCGUGACGGAUUUGGUAAUCAGAUUGUUGGAGUUCUUGAAAACUGAUCGGAAUCUUAAUCUGUUGUGCGUAGAAGCCGAAACCCGAGUUUCGGACACAAGUGCAUUAGCAAACAACGUAACUAUGAGGCUCAGAAUUGAGGGUGGAGAAUGGGACGAGUCUACCUUCCGAGAAACCAUACGAAGAGUUGUUAAUGAUUUGGUCGAGAAACCAUAGGACAAAGAGAAAAAUAUAUGCUAUAAUGACUCGGUGAAACUGACAAGAUGUCACCAUUUCAUUCUUAAUUAACAGUUGGUAGUAUUCUUAGAAAAUUAGAAUUUUCUCUGGAUACAAUUUUGUAUUAGUGGCGGCGCCACCUAAUAACCUCAGUGGCUAUCCUAGCUAUUUUUUCUCCGGCCAUGGAACGAUCACCAUGUACCAAUUAUUCAUGUGCAUACAUGUCAAAUGUCCGAUAUAUACACAUGUAAUACAUUCUUCUGAUUUUGAUUUCCUGUUGGUAAAAAAUUUUCGGUAGCAGCUAGCAUUAAUUUUGAUUAAUCAGAAGAUAUUGGGAUGUAUUUUCAUACUCUGACCGAUUCUAUUUAC